AUGGCGAGAACCACCUUCUUCGCACAGAACUCCGCCUUGCUGAAGCUGCUCGGAGCGUCGGCCGGCGGUGCUGGCCUCGUCUACACGUUCAACCAGGGAGUAAGUGGGGGAUUUUUACGAUUUGCUUGGGAAACUUGAUGUUUUUGAUGGUUCUGGGUGUUAUUGAAGUUUUUGUGGGAUCUAAGUAAUAGGCUAGGGCUUAUUUUGUCCUAUUUUGUGCUGAAGAUGGGCUGAAAUUAAGCUUGGGCCAUCUUUUGAGACCUUAUUAUGUUAUCCAUGGUUAAUAUAAAAGGAGUUCUUGCAGAUGAAUCUUGUCUUUUUAGAACCCAAAGAGCUUGCCAAAUUAAAGAGUAUGCUCUGAAAUGUUGUAUUUUUUACCUUACACGCUUUUUUCCAUCGCUCUUGGGUUACGGUAGCCAUGUAUUAUAUUGUCAUCCUCUACAAAAAAAAUCGUAUUUUAGCCGUUUUGACAUGUCAAAUUUUAAAAUUUUUUGACUUGCUAUGACAGAAAUGCCCAUAAUUUUUACUGCCUAUCACCGAUUACUCUUCUUUUGGCAUACUGUAGCUGAAAUUUCAAUUUGCUCAAAAAUGACGUCAUAGCCCAAAAAUAGUGAUAUCUGGAACAAAAAACAUUUUUGAAGUUUUGAAAAGCACUUAGAUAGCAUUACACUGCCCACAGGGUUACUGUAAUCUCUAGUUUUUCCAUUUUAUCAUCGAAAACCCGCGAAUUUUAGGCCGAAAUGAAGAAAAAGGAAAAAGAGAAGAGCAGCUCCGCGUCCGCAAAGUGCGCUGUGGACCCGGCGACGGUCAAGAAGAUCGAGGAAGCCUAUGCCAAGCUGAAUGGACCCGAAGGAGCCAAAUGCAAGUCGUUGCUGAAGAAACAUUUCACCAAGGACGUCUUGGAGCAGUGCAAAUGCAGAAAGACCAAGCUGGGCGCCACUUUGUAUGACGUCAUCCGAUCCGGAGUCUACAAUUUGGAUGCUGGUGUGGGAGUCUACGCUCCGGACGCCGAGUCCUACAAGGUAAAAGGGGAUAUAAAAAAAAAAUUUUAUUUUGUGAGGGGAUGACGAAUUUUAUGAGCUUACGGUAGGUAAAGUAAGGUAAUUUGAUGGUGAUUUUUGAUGUUGUUGGUCGUUUUUAUGAUUUCAAUAGUGUCAACAGGGUAUUAGAGGGUCAUUUAUAUCUUUUUGAAGAUAUAAGAGACAUUAGUUUGCGCUUGCUUGACGUUAUAUUGUACUAGGUCAUCAAGUGUAAUAUAACUGAUAUGUCGAUUGUUAAAUUCAAUAUUUUGAUUCGAAGAAUUUUUAGACCGAUUUUAGGUGCCAUUGGCAUCUCGAUAGACUUUUUUUUAGACCUAAAUUUUAGCUUAGCCACCUUAUAUUACACUUGAUGACCUAGUAUAAUAUAAUUGAAAUUUCAGCAAGCUUUACGCCGAUCUUAGCUUCUAACCGCACUUGAUCUAUGCUAAAAGGCCUCUGCUCCUCUCAUGAUUCAUUUCCAGACCUUCGGCCCGCUCUUCGACAAGAUUAUCGAGGAUUACCAUGGAUUCGGCCCCAAGCAGAAGCAACCUCCCGUCGACCUGGGCGAAGGCAAGACCAAGAACUUCCCCCCAUUGGACCCCAAAGGAAAGUACAUCAAGUCGACGAGAAUCCGCUGUGGCCGCUCCUUCCAAGGCUAUCCGUUCAAUCCGCUGCUGAAGGCCGAGGAUUACGAGGCCAUGGAGAAGAAGGUCAAGGCCGUUUUUGAUAGUGUUUCGGACAAGGAAUUGAAGGGAACGUACUAUCCGUUGACCGGCAUGAGCAAGGAGACUCAGAAUCAGCUGAUCAAGGACCAUUUCUUGGUGAGUUGGGGGAGCAAAGGAGAAGAAUUGUAUUAAUUUAGUCAAAAUUGGAUGAGUUUAGGCGGAAAAGUUGAUUUUUUCCAAGGAAAUUUGAAUUUUUUGGGAAUAAAAAGAAGAUUACAAUAGCUACUGAAAUUUAGAGGGCUUGUAAGUAGCCUGGAGUAUCAGUUACAGUAAGAAAUUGCUAUUUUUUAAGAGGGUUUUCUCUAAAAGUCAUCAUUUUUUUAGUUCAAAGAAGGCGAUCGCCAUCUCCAGCACGCCAACGCCUGCAACUUCUGGCCCAAAGGACGUGGCAUCUUCCACAACAAUGACAAGACGUUCCUGGUUUGGGUGAAUGAAGAGGACCAUCUGCGCUUGAUCUCCAUGCAAGAAGGAAGCGAUGUGGGCAAGGUGUUGGACCGUCUGAUUCGAGGAGUCAAAGCCAUCGAAGCCAAGGUUCCGUUUGGCAGAGAUGAGCGUCUGGGCUACUUGACCUUCUGCCCGACCAAUUUGGGAACUACGGUUCGCGCCUCGGUCCAUAUCAAGCUACCGAAGGUGUCGGCUCGCAAGGAUUUCAAACAGAUCUGCGAUAAAUUGCACUUGCAGGUAGGUGAAGGAGCGGGAAAUGAAAAUUUGGGACAUUUCUAAGAUUUUGGCAGCAUUUACGGGCAGUUUGAAUGGGUUGCCCCCAUUCCCCUGAUUGUCAGGGUUUUCGUGGCGGGACCCAAAAAAUCUGAAAAUGUUUUGUGUCUCACAGCGAAAAUUACCUAGAUUGAAAACUUUCAUUUUAUUGUAAGCCAAAUAAUCAAUUAUUACUUAUUUUCAAAUUUUAUUCCCAUAAAAACGUUAAAUUCUGUAGAUCUGACCUUAUUCUUGCCUAAAAUUUGAUUUCAACCCCGAUUUUUCAGGUCCGCGGAAUCCACGGCGAACACUCGGAGAGCGAAGGCGGAGUCUACGACAUCUCCAACAAGGCCCGUCUCGGAAUGAGCGAAUACGAAGCCGUCAAACAGAUGUAUGAUGGCGUCAAGGAACUCAUCAGACUCGAGGAAGCCGAAGCCUGA